UUGUGACCAAAAAAAUAAUUUUUGGAAAACACGUGAUGAUUAAAAGUUUGACUCAGAGGGCGCCACACUCAGCCAUUUUGUGUUUUUUCUUAUUCCAUUUUCCCCAUGUUUAAAGGGCAAAAAGUUGCGAUUUUGUGCCAAAUUUGCCAAUAAUGGGCGUUUCGGAUGAAAACUGUUUGAAAUUGUAUUUGCGUCUGCCUGUGAAGAUUAUCGAUGCACAGCAAGUAAAAAAUUUGCACCCCUUAAUUACCAAAGUUGUGUUACCGCGCCAGAAAUCUCGUCGUUGGUGCACUGUUGAAGUUGGUAGUGUUUCCGCAAUUAAGGAACUGAAAGGUGUGAGAAUUGACGGGAAAAAAGUCUACGUCAAGUCACUCAAAAAGAGGAAAAGUGAGCAGUAGGUGUCAGUGAUGAUGGGGGCUGGAGGGUUUAUUAGGAAUCCAGGGUGGGAUAUUUUAAGUGGGGAUGAUUUGAUGGAUGAGGACUAUCACAAUGAUCUAGUUAUAGACAAUUUUUUUGAUGACGGGGAUGAUUUUGAAUUGAAUUCCGAAGUUGUGCUCUUUUUGCCAGCUGAGGAGCUGGAGGCGGACGAAGACGAUUAUUUUGUUGUUUCAGAUGAUACAGUAGAUAUUGACGAUGAUGAUGAUGAGGAUUACGUCCUCUCUGAUUCCCUAGACGAUGAGGAUUUCGACGAUGACAACGCCAUAGUUAUGCCCAGCGACGAGUCCUCGCCUGAGCGAAAUAAUUAAGAAUAAUUAUCUGUGUUAAUAAUUUAAUAAAUAAAUCUAUUUUUGUGUUAACCACCGAAGACAAAAACA